GAGAGAGAGAGAGAGAGAGAGCAAAAGAGACGAAAGAGGAGAGAGCGCGCUAGCCUGAAGAGAGGUUGCAGCGGACAGGCGGUUUUUGCAAAGCUGCUACGACCAGGAUAAGCACCGGUUCUUGUUAAGUCAACCUUAAAGCAGCUGGAAUAAGCAGCAACCAUGUCGGCUGCAGAUAAGUACCUGUACGUGGACCGCACCGUAGUGAACAACCCGCUGGCGCAGGCGGACUGGGCCAGUAAGAAGCUGGUGUGGGUUCCGUCGGAGCGGCUGGGUUUCGAGGCCGGCUCGGUGAAGGAGGAGCAUGGAGACGAGGUGAUGGUGGAGCUCGCUGACUCCGGCAAGAAAGUGCGAGUCAACAAGGAUGACAUCCAGAAAAUGAACCCGCCCAAGUUCAACAAGGUGGAGGACAUGGCCGAGCUGACGUGCCUGAACGAGGCGUCCGUGCUGCACAACCUGAAGGAGAGAUACUACUCAGGCCUCAUCUACACGUAUUCUGGGCUGUUCUGUGUGGUGAUAAACCCCUACAAGAACCUGCCCAUCUACUCAGAGGAGAUCGUGGACAUGUACAAGGGCAAAAAGAGACACGAGAUGCCGCCCCACAUCUACGCCAUCACAGACACGGCCUACAGGAGCAUGAUGCAAGAUCGUGAGGACCAGUCCAUCCUGUGCACGGGUGAAUCUGGUGCAGGAAAAACAGAAAACACCAAGAAGGUUAUUCAGUAUCUGGCCCACGUGGCCUCCUCUCACAAGACCAAGAAAGACCAGAGCAGCUCGGUCCUGACACAUGGGGAGCUGGAGAAGCAGCUGCUGCAGGCAAACCCCAUCCUCGAGGCCUUCGGUAACGCCAAAACCGUCAAGAAUGACAACUCCUCACGAUUCGGCAAAUUCAUCAGAAUCAACUUUGACGUUAACGGUUACAUUGUUGGAGCCAACAUCGAGACCUACCUUCUGGAGAAAUCCCGCGCCAUCCGCCAGGCCCGUGAGGAGCGAACCUUCCACGUCUUCUACUACAUGCUGACCGGAGCAGGAGACAAACUGCGCUCCGAACUGUGUCUGGAGAGCUACAGCAAGUACCGCUUCCUGUCCAAUGGCAACGUCACCAUCCCAGGCCAGCAGGACAAAGACAUGUUCACCGACACCCUGGAGGCCAUGCGCAUCAUGGGCUUCCCUGAAGAGGAGCAGAUCGGUUUGCUGCGUGUGGUCUCCUCUGUGCUGCAGCUAGGAAACAUUAGCUUUAAGAAGGAGCGCCACUCAGACCAGGCCUCCAUGCCCGAUGACACGGCGGCCCAGAAAGUGUGCCACCUGAUGGGCAUGAACGUGACUGACUUCACCCGGGCCAUUCUGACCCCGAGGAUCAAGGUAGGCCGGGAUUAUGUGCAGAAGGCCCAGACUCAGGAGCAGGCCGAGUUCGCCAUCGAGGCUCUCGCCAAAGCCACCUAUGAGAGGAUGUUCCGCUGGCUCGUCAUGCGCAUCAACAAAGCCCUGGACAAGACCAAGCGCCAGGGGGCCUCCUUCAUCGGCAUCCUGGAUAUCGCCGGCUUCGAGAUCUUUGAGCUGAACUCCUUCGAGCAACUGUGCAUCAACUACACCAACGAGAAGCUGCAGCAGCUGUUCAACCACACCAUGUUCAUCCUGGAGCAGGAGGAGUACCAGCGCGAGGGCAUCGAGUGGAGCUUCAUCGACUUCGGCCUGGACUUGCAGCCCUGCAUCGACCUUAUUGAGAAACCUGCGAGUCCCCCUGGUAUCCUGGCUCUGCUGGAUGAGGAGUGCUGGUUCCCCAAAGCCACAGACAAGAGCUUCGUGGAGAAGGUGCUGCAGGAGCAGGGCACACACCCCAAAUUCUUCAAACCCAAGAAACUGAAGGACGAGGCUGACUUCUGCAUCAUUCACUACGCUGGCAAGGUGGACUACAAAGCUGAUGAGUGGCUGAUGAAGAACAUGGACCCUCUGAACGAUAACGUGGCCACGCUGCUCAACCAGUCUACUGAUAAGUUUGUGUCUGAGCUGUGGAAGGACGUGGACCGUAUCGUGGGUCUGGAUAAGGUGGCCGGGAUGUCGGAGCUGCCCGGAGCAUUUAAGACCCGUAAGGGAAUGUUCCGGACUGUGGGUCAGCUCUACAAAGAGCAGCUCUCCAAACUGAUGGCCACCCUAAGAAACACCAACCCCAACUUUGUGCGCUGCAUCAUCCCCAACCACGAGAAGAAGGCUGGUAAGCUGGACCCUCACCUGGUCCUGGACCAGCUCAGGUGUAAUGGUGUUCUGGAAGGAAUCCGUAUCUGCAGACAGGGCUUCCCCAACCGCAUCGUCUUCCAGGAGUUCAGACAGAGAUAUGAGAUUCUCACCCCUAACUCCAUCCCUAAAGGCUUCAUGGAUGGUAAACAGGCCUGCGUGCUGAUGAUCAAAGCUCUGGAGCUGGACCCUAACCUGUACCGGAUUGGGCAGAGUAAGGUGUUCUUCCGUGCUGGAGUUCUGGCCCACCUGGAAGAGGAGAGAGACAUGAAGAUCACUGACGUCAUCAUCAGCUUCCAGGCCUGGUGCCGUGGAUACGUGGCUCGCAAGGCAUUUGCUAAGAGGCAGCAGCAGUUGACGGCCAUGAAGGUGAUCCAGAGAAACUGUGCCGCCUACCUGAAACUCAGGAACUGGCAGUGGUGGAGACUCUUCACCAAGGUGAAGCCUCUGCUCCAGGUGAGCCGACAGGAGGAGGAGAUGCAGGCAAAGGACGAGGAGCUCACCAAGGUCCGGGAGAAGCAACAGGUAGCCGAGAAACAGCUGGAGGAGAUGGAGGUCAAACAGCAGCAGUUGAACGCAGAGAAGCUGGCUCUGCAGGAGCAGCUGCAGGCUGAGAUGGACCUCUGCGCCGAGGCGGACGAGAUGAGGAACCGACUGGUGGCGAAAAAGCAGGAGCUGGAGGAGAUCCUGCACGACCUGGAGGCUCGCGUGGAGGAGGAGGAGGAGAGAGCCACUCAGCUGCAGACAGAGAAGAAGAAGAUGCAGCAGAACAUCACGGAUCUGGAGCAGCAGCUGGAUGAGGAGGAGGCGGCCCGGCAGAAGCUGCAGCUGGAGCGCGUCACUCUGGAGGCCAAAAUGAAGAAGGUGGAGGAGGACGUCAUGAUGCUGGACGACCAAAACAACAAACUGAAUAAGGAGAAGAAGCUUCUGGAAGAGAGAAUUGCCGAGUUCACCACCAACCUGGCAGAGGAGGAGGAGAAAUCCAAGAGUCUGCAGAAGCUGAAGAACAAACAUGAGGCCAUGAUCACCGACCUGGAGGAUCGUCUGCGCAGGGAGGAGAAGUUGCGGCAGGAGCUGGAGAAGAACCGCAGGAAGUUGGAGGGCGACUCCACAGAGCUUCACGACCAGAUCGCUGAGCUGCAGGCCCAGAUCGCCGAGCUCCGUGCUCAGCUGGCCAAGAAGGAGGAGGAGCUCCAGGAGGCUCUGGCCAGAAUUGAGGAGGAAGCAGCGCAGAAGAAUCUGGCUCAGAAGAAGAUCCGUGAGCUGGAGGCUCAGCUGAGUGAGCUGCAGGAGGACCUGGAGCUGGAGCGUGCCGCCCGCGCUAAAGCCGAGAAACACCGGCGUGACCUGGGGGAGGAGCUGGAGGCCCUGAAGACCGAGCUGGAGGACACUCUGGACUCCACUGCUGCCCAGCAGGAGCUCAGAACAAAGCGUGAGACAGAAGUAGCCCAGCUGAAGAAGACUCUGGAGGAUGAAGCUAAAGUACAUGAGCAGGUGGUGGUGGAGAUGAGGCAGAAACACGGGCAGGCCUUUGACGAACUCAACGAGCAGCUGGAGCAGGCCAAGAGGAACAAGGCGUCGGUGGAAAAGACUAAGCAGGCUUUGGAGUCUGAGCGUAAUGAGCUGCAGAUCGAGCUGCAGACACUGAUGCAGGGAAAGGGCGAGUCUGAGCACCGCAGGAAGAAGGCCGAGGCUCAGGUGCAGGAGCUGCAGGUCAAACAUGCCGAGAGCGAGAAGGCCAGAGCCGAACUUUCUGAGAAAGUGGCCAAGAUGCAGGCAGAGCUGGAUAACGUAAACAGUUUGCUGAGUGACGUGGAGGGAAAAUCCAUCAAAGCAUCCAAAGACUGCUCAGCAGUGGAGUCUCAGCUGCAGGACGUCCAGGAGCUGCUCCAGGAGGAGACCCGUCAGAAGCUGUCUAUGGGCACGCGACUCCGGCAGCUGGAGGACGAGCAGAACAGCCUGAGAGAACAGCUGGAGGAGGAAGAGGAGGCCAGGAAGAAUGUGGAGAAGCAGCUGCAGACCUCACAGGCCCAGGUGACUGAGAUGCGUAAGAAGAUGGAGGUGGAGGCGGGAUCACUGGAGAGCGCAGAGGAAAAUAAGAAGCGCCUGCAGCGCGACCUGGAGUCCGUCACCCAGCGGCUGGAUGAGAGGAACCUGGCCUACGACAAGCUGGACAAGACCAAGACCCGCCUGCAGCAGGAGUUGGACGACCUGCUGGUGGAUCAGGACCACCUGCGUCAGAUCGUCUCCAACCUGGAGAAGAAGCAGAAGAAGUUUGACCAGAUGCUGGCGGAGGAGAAGUCCAUCUCCGCUCGUUUCGCAGAGGAGCGGGACAAAGCCGAGGCUGAGGCUCGAGAGAAGGAGACCCGGGCGUUAGCUCUGACCCGUGAGCUCGAGACCAUUUCAGACAUGAAGGAUGAGCUGGACCGCGCCAACAAGCUGCUCCGGGCCGAGAUGGAGGACCUGGUCUCCUCCAAAGACGACGUUGGCAAGAGCGUGCAUGAGUUGGAGAAGUCAAAGCGUGGGAUGGAGCAGCAGCUGGAGGAGAUGCGCACACAGCUGGAGGAGCUGGAGGACGAGCUGCAGGCCACCGAGGACGCCAAGCUGAGACUGGAGGUCAACAUGCAGGCCAUGAAGGCGCAGUACGAGCGCGACCUGGCUGGCAGGGAUGAGAUGGGUGAAGAGAAGAAGAGGCAGCUGGUCAAACAGGUGCGGGAGAUGGAGAUGGAGCUGGAGGAUGAGAGGAAGCAGCGCUCACUGGCUGUGGCAGCCCGCAAGAAGCUGGAGCUGGACCUGAAGGAGCUGGAGGCGGCCAUCGACCAGGCCAACAAGAACCGCGACGAGGCUCUCAAACAGCUGAGGAAACUGCAGGCUCAGAUGAAGGAUUUGUUGCGGGAGCUGGAUGACACUCGUCUGUCCAGGGAGGAGAUUCUGGCCCAGAGCAAAGAGAACGAGAAGAAGGUCAAGAGCAUGGAGGCUGAAAUGAUCCAAAUGCAGGAGGAACUGGCUGCAGCAGAGCGGGUGAAGAGACAGGCUCAGCAGGAGAGAGACGAGCUGCAGGACGAGAUUAACAACCAGGCCAGCAAGACAGCUCUGGCUAUAGAGGAGAAACGCCGUCUGGAGGCGAGAAUCGCUCAGCUAGAGGAGGAGCUGGAGGAGGAGCAGGGCAACACUGAGCUCGUCAACGACCGGCUAAAGAGAGCCCUGCUGCAGACGGAUCAGAUCAAUGUGGAGCUGACGGCCGAGCGCAGUACCUCUCAGCGUCUGGAGGGGGCACGCUCACAGUUCGAGCGCCAGAACAAGGAGCUGAAACUGAAACUGACCGAGAUGGAGGGAACAGUGAAGAGCAAGUACAAGGCCACCAUCGCCGCCCUGGAGGCCAAAAUCGCACAGCUGGAAGAACAGCUGGAUGUUGAGACCAGAGAGAGGCAGACAGCGUCUAAGAUGGUGCGCCGCACAGAGAAGAAGCUGAAGGAGGUCAUUCUGCAGGUCGAUGAUGAGAGACGCAACUCUGAACAGUACAAAGAUCAGUCGGAGAAGCUGAACAGCCGUAUGAAGCAGCUGAAGAGGCAGCUGGAGGAGGCUGAGGAGGAGGCUCAGAGAGCUAAUGCUAACCGCAGGAAACUGCAGCGCGAGCUGGAGGACGCCACCGAGUCGGCCGACGCCAUGAACCGCGAGGUUAGCUCACUGAAGAGCAAACUCAGGCGUGGCGACCUGCCCUUCACCAUGCGCCGCAUCGUCAGUCGCGCCGGCAUCGAGAGCGACGAAGAGGCCGAGGCCAAGAGCGAGACCCCCGAACCCAAACCAGAGUAACCUAAAGCUCACAGUGCCACCUGCUGGCUGCAGUGGUGAAGAACAGCAGCCUUUAUUUCCUACAUGUGCAAACAAACAGACACACUCAUACAUACAAACACACGUAAACACACACACACAUACUCAGAUAUACACACAUUUGGACCACACUGUCCACUGGAACUCAGAGAUGCACACAUUUUUAGUGCCAUAGCAAAUUCUCACACACACUUACUUCUGUUCCAUUGACAAUCAACACUUCCAACAAAGUUAUUCGUCACUCAGCCAAGGACCAAAUUUGUCUUUGUCGUUUUUUUCUGUUUUGUUUUGUUCUCUGGGAUUAAAAAGAUACUGAAUGAUAUUUUUGUAAGGAGACGUUGCGGUUCUCGUGGGCUCAUUCCUGGAUCUAUUUUUCUAAUUGAAGUCAAAGGAAUGCGAAGAAAUGUUUAAGAAUAAAUAAUAAAUGAAUGAAUUAAGUUGGUAAAAGUGAAGAACAGAAACUGCUGGGGGACCAAAAAUAUGUGGAGGCUCUCUAUAGAAGUGUAUUUUAUUCUGACGUUUUUUUUAUAAUGGUAUGAGGAUGAAAGUAUACUACCCAGUUAUAACGGCUGCAUUCUCUCUCUCUUUAUCUCUCUUUAUCUCUCUUUAUCUCUCUCUCGUCUGUUUUGGUAAAUUAGAGGCACUUGUACUAUAUAAAAGCAGCUGCAUCUUCCACACUUUUUGUGCUUUUCUGGGCUUAAUGAAGGUUGAAAUAAUAUUCUCUUAAAUAAAUAAUAAAUAAAUAAAGGCUCUAUAAAGUGUUUGAGAAGAACAUUAAGAUUAAGAUUCUUUUAAAGGUGGAUAUUGUGGUUCCUUAACACUGUAAAGGUUCUAAACACCCAGACGCCUGGUCCUUUAUGGAACCAUAAAUGGUUAUUUUAUGACAUCCCUAAAAGAAGAACCCUUUGUAGCACCUUUAUUUAAAAGAGUGUAUUUACUAUGCAACCACUGACAGUGCACCGCAACGCGUAACUGACAUCAGUGCAUCAGUAACAGGAAUAGGAUUCUGUAUGUCUCCGCACUGAGCAAUACCACUGAUCUGAUUGGAUCAAAUCAACUCACCAACACACACACACACACACUGACCGCUGCAGUGGUGAAGGAUAAGAUAAGAAGGAGAAAGCCGGGCGAUGCACGCGCUCAUACAAACAGCACUCUGCACUGUAGCCUUAAAGUCGGAUGCGUUCUAAUGUUCCGACUUUUCUGAUAUCCAAUCUGAGUUAUUUUGUACGUGGCGUUUUUGUCAUUUGGACAUUUCCUAUAUUCUGUACUGAAGUGCAGGGAAAGCCGGGGGUUGGGGGGGGGGUGGAUCUGUUCACACUGUAAUCCGCUUUUCUUGCUCACACUGCUGGGAAGUGAGAGGAAUUUGUUCUAAUGUUGACGACGUAUGAACAGCUAACAAGUAUUUCUCUCUGUGUUUCUCCCUCUAUCGCUCUCUCUCUCUUCAUACACAGAAAAAGAGAAUGCAAAAAAAUAUUAAUUUUGUACUAUUGUUUUUUUUUUUUCUGCAACUCUAAGAUGAUAUCCAGAGAGACGAGUUGUGAACUGUUGGUAUAAUGCAAUAAACAUGGCUUUCUAAAACGGCUACAA